AUGGAGGAAGGCGAGCUGAAAAUAAUAGUUGAGAGGAUUCAGGAUCCUGAUAUAGAUAUCCAGAACAACGCAUUGAACAUGCUGUUUGACGUGACAAAGUCUUCGCAUUCGAAGUCGAUUGACACAAUAAAUUUCCAAUAUCUUGCAGACAAUCUGGAUGUUCUUGAGGAUGUGUGCAAGAGACUGGAGGGAAAUAAAAAGAGAUGGCUGUGUGACAUAAUAAGUGCCAUAUGUGUUGUUGAUGAUGAAAGAAAGCUUCUGGCAUACAGGGUCGAGGGAAACAUAAUUGAUCUUAAGGAAUGGGGGCAUCUGUAUGUCAAGAAACUUAUUGGGUGUAUUGCAGAUGUCAAGAACAAUAAGAUGGACUUUCCUUUUGCGAAGACAAGAGAUGUUGGGCGGGAAUGCAUUGACUUUCUAUUUAAGCAUAAUGCGGAGUUUGAGGCAAUAGAUUUUCUGGUUGAGGUUGGAGGAAUUGAGACAGUUCUGGACUAUGUUGACACCCAUAACUACAACAGAAUAGUGCUGUACUUGGAAGACAUGAAUUCAUUUGUCGAUCUUGAAGAGGUCAUUCUUAAGAUCUAUCUUAAGAUGGGUGACCACUCCAGAUAUGUCGUUGGUCUGAUAAGACGUCAGAAAUCCAAGGAGGCCAUUGAGUAUGUGAGGAGCAUAGAAGACAGGGACUACAAGAAGCAGUGUCUGUACAUACUUGCUAGAUGUAACCUGUAUUACGAAGCCUCAGACCCUGAGGAGAAGUAUAUUUUGUCGAAUGGAUACAUUAAGGAUGUCUAUAGAGAGAUUGGGGCUGAGCUGGAGAUAGACAAACCAAGCAAGAUGGAUGCUAUUCUCAAGGGAUUUAAGUACGAUAAGGACACAAGGCAGCUUGCCUCUAUUGGGAUUGCCAAUGGGUUUGUCCACAUGGGAUAUGGGCGAGACCCGAUAUUCCUACCCCAGGAGGGAGACUCCAGAGUUCCAUUGGACUAUGAGGCUAUUCUUGGGUGUGAUGUGCCUGACCUCAUCUCUGUCUUCGGGUCGAUUGGAGUGAUUGAGUCGUGGAACUCAGAAAAGGUAAUGGAAACCCUUCAGGAGCACAUAUUUGCCGAUUUUUCCUAUAGAAAAACAGGAAGUCUUUUGGGACUCGCGCUGUCUGGACUAAGAAACUUUGAGGAGAGGCCAGCAAUUUUGGCACUUCUAUCGAAUAACCUGCAAUCGAGCAGCAGCAUUCAUGUUAUAGCAACCCUCCUGGGGAUCGAGGCCAUGUUCUCUGGAACACAAGCGGAGGAGGUUCGCGAGCUUCUCCAGCCGUUGAUGUUUUCCGAUAGCAGCGAGGUUGUGUUUUUCACCUCCUUCACGUUAGGAAGUGUCUUCUGUGGGAGUGCCGACGAGGACCUCACAUCUCUUAUGCUGCAAACAUUUGUGGAAAAGGGGAAGGAGUCGGAGACACAAUUUUUCAGGUUUUUGAUGCUGGGACUAGCCAGUCUGUUUUAUCGCAGGAAGGAUGUUGAGUGCGGGAUAAUGGAGAUCGGAGGCGCUCUUAGCAAGCACGAAAGUAUAUUAAUCAAGGGGUUUCAGUAUGUUGGGACAGGGGAUUCGAAUGUCAUUGAAUCUAUUUUGACUGACUCGUUCACAGGAGACACAGAUGCACUUCUUGAAUCUCUUGGACUGCUUAGCUGUGCCCUUGUGUCGAUGGGAGACGAAACAUCAAGCCAGAUGGUGGGAAGAAUCGUCUCUUCCUCCUUGCUAUUGGAUUCAUCCCACCUGAGGAGCGUGUUACCUCUGUGCUACAGCAUACUGUACCCGUCGAAUCCACAGGUGAAUGUUCUGGACAUGCUCGAGAAGUCUUUGAAUAUCGGGGAGACGAACUGCAUCAUAUCCACAAUUGUGUCUCUGGGCCUUAUUGGGGCAGGAACGUUGAAUUCCCGCAUAACCAAGAUUCUGGAUCAGCAAUACUCCUAUUACUACAAGGAUUCAAAGGUACUUCCUGUGCUUAAGAUUGCGCAGGGUCUUGUGUCUCUGGGAAAGGGGCUGCUGAGCAUUUCACCGCUCUACUUCGACAAGACGACUUUCAUGCCAAAAAACACCAUAGGCCUUUUCUCUACAGUGUUCAUGCUUCUAGAUUCCUCUAUUAGCCCACUGGUCUCCUCUCAUGCAUAUAUGUUCUUCCUCCUCUGCCAAGCAUGUACACAGAAAUAUGUUACAUGCUCAGAAAAAAUCAACAUCAGAGUGGGUCACCCCAUAAACACGGUCGGAAUGGUCGGGGAGCCCAAGAAGCUCUCUUCUGUCCAAACACACACAUCGCCCGUUGUCUUGAGCGAAAAGAUAAGAGCAGAAACGGAUGAAAAUGUCUGCUCCUCAUACAUCGAAGAUGUAUUGAUCCUUAAGAAGAAUUAA